AUGGCUCUGGGAAUCCUCGAGGCCAAGGUUGAGCACGUCCCCGGGACAGUCUACGUGUAUGAGAGCGAACAGCGACAUACCGAGCUUCUCGAGAAUGCUCAGCAUUUGAAGAAAGACAAGACCGGUCGGUUCAUCCUCGUACCUCAACCUUCGAAUGACCCAAAUGAUCCCUUGAACUGGCCUCUCUGGCAACGCGACGUGAUCCUCUCCAUCCUAUGCUUCGUUUCGUGUCUCGCGACUACAGCGUCUCCCUUACUGGCAGCCGAUUCAGUAACCCUUGCCAUUGUAUUCAGGCGAACAUUCCAAGAUGCGGCUCUACUUACAGCCUAUCACCUCUGCGGCGUGUGCGUAGCAGGAUGGCUUUUCGUGGCAUCGGCAAGAGUAUGGGGUAAAAGGCAUCUGUUUCUCUUCGGCGCACUGCUCAUGAUUGCAAGCUCGGCUUGGGGUGGCUCUGAACAUGUCCGGCACAACUAUGCCAGUUUGCUCUGGAGUCGUGUCUUCCAGGGUGUUGCCCUUGCGCCGUUCGAAACACUGGUCAAUGCCUGCGUAGGUGACUUAUACUACGUCCACGAGCGUGGUAUCCGGAUGGCUAUCACGAACACGUGUCUGUUCGGCGGAGCUUUUCUGACUCCUGUCUUUGUGGGAAUGAUUUCUGCUCAUAUGGGCUGGCAAUGGAGUUUCUUCUUCCUCGCCAUCUUCAUGGCACUCGGUUUCUUCCUACUGUUCUUCUUCGUGCCUGAGACGGCUUAUCGACGCGCACAUUCACUCGACCUCGAUCUGCUUGCUGAAGGAGAUUCUUCAUCGGACGCCAUUGGUCCAGCUCAAACAUCGAUAGCCAAGGAUGAAGAGAAGCCUUUGCACUCCCAAAGGGUGGCUGAAAGCGUUCCGCGAAAGGAUUCAUACUUCAAAAGGCUUCUGCCUUUCAAUGGCCGCAAGACCGACGAGUCUUUCUUCAAGCUCCUCUUGCGGCCAUUUCCGCUCUUCUUACACCCAGCGGUGAUUUGGGCUUGCUUGAUCCAAGGCGUGAUAAUCGGGUGGACUGUCAUGGUGGGGGUGAUAUUGUCACUCAUCUUCCUAGGUCCGCCUCUGUUCUUCAACGAAGAGAAAGCCGGCAAGAUGUACACCAGCGCCUUCAUCGGCAGCAUUCUUGGCCUCUUCGGCGCCGGCAUUUACAGCGAAGUGGUCACGAGGUUCCUGACCAGAAUCAACAAAGGGAAAUAUGAGCCAGAAUUCCGCAUCCUGUUGGUUUUGCCGACCUUGGUUUUCUCAUGCAUUGGCCUGUAUGGCUUCGGCAUCACGGCGAACGACGUGGCUCGAUAUGGCUGGAUCGUGCCCGAGGUCUUUCUCGCUUUUAUCAUCGUCAGCAUGGUUAUGGGCUCGAUAGCAUCAGCGCAAUACUUGCUCGACGCUCACCGCGACAUCGCCGUGGAAGCAUUCACGAACCUCAUCAUUUUUAAGAACAUCUUCUCUUUCAUACUGGCCUACCACGCUUACAAUUGGGUCUUCGCAAUCCGAAUCAACAACCUCUUCAUUAUAUUUGGCAGUAUCGAGAUCGCGAUUUGUCUGCUCAGCGUACCAAUGUACGUCUUUGGGAAGAGAAACCGAGAGUUCUUCAAUCGGCACGACUUGUUGAAAAUGGCGAGGCUGAGAUAG